UACAGCUCAUUGGCUGGGAGCGAGAGGGCGGGGCUCCGAGGAGCGCACGCGGCGGUGGCGGUCAUGGAGGGAACCAGCGCCUGCUUCCGGAAGGAACUGGUGAGCAAGCUGCUGCACCUGCACUUCGAGGACGACAAGACCAAAGUCAGCGGGGAUGCGCUGCUGCUCGUCGCCGAGCUGCUCAAGGUCUUCGUCGUGGAGGCCACCGUCCGCAGCAUCAGGCAGGCCCAGGCGGAGGACCUGCCCUGUGUGGACGUGGAACAGCUGGAGAAGGUGCUGCCGCAGCUGCUUCUGGACUUCUAGGGGCUCCCACCCGCAUGGAGGCCACCUGUCCGGCUCCGACCAGCCCAGCGCCCAUGUCUUCUGUGGCCUCUGGCUUUAGACGGGAAGGGCCCAGCACUGGGCGGGCCCAGGCCAUACACUGUUGUCCCCCGGGUGCUCCGUCUGCCCUGCCGACGGCCUGGACGCAGCUGAGAGGCCGCUGUGCGGGGACCAGACUAGCGGCAGAAGCGGGCCGCGCAGUCCUGCGUGGCAUCAGAGCGGUGCCCCUCCUCCCUGUGCGCUCCCAGACGCCGCCCUGAGCUGCAAGCUUGUUCUCACAGCAACAGCAAUAAAUCAUGGCCGUUCUCCCAGG